AUUGUUACACUGCUAAUGAUUAUUAUUAUUAUUGUUAUUAUUGUUGUUGUUGUUAUUAUUAUUAUUAUUUUAGUGUAUGAUUUGGAGCCACAGAAGCUAACUGGUGUUAUAAAGUACAUUGGUAAAGUUGACAAGGAAUACGUUGAUAAUAGAAUAUAUGUUGGAGUCAAACUUGAUGAACCAGCUGGUAACAUGAAUGGUAUUUACAAAGGAAAGAGAUACUUUGAGUGUUCAGCAGGUCAUGGUAGAAUGCUACACAUCACCAACGUACUAGCAGCAAUGCCUAGACAAGGUAUUGUGUAUAAGCCGUUACAGUUUUCAAUGGAUUCUGGUAGUUAUGAAGAAGAGAGGAAGCAACUACUCCAGUCAUCAUAGAAAUAGCAACAGACACUAUAGACUAAUGAUAUAAACCAUUGUAUUCUUAUAUACACUUUCAUUGUACAUUGUAUUA